UACCCCAGCCGGUGGUUUGACGGGGGACGCCGUGUGGCUGGAUGCCCCUCCUAACAGCGCGAUGCUGCUUCCGAGGCACACCGACCUCAUCUGCGGUAGUGCGUUGCUCGUCGACCCUCCGAUAAUAGCUUUGUUCCCAGAAGCGGGGAGCAUUAUUUAAGAUCAAGAUUUACAAUAUCUGAAAAAAGGGAAACUACAGACUCACCUCUGCAAGGAAAAGCGUGUUGUUGUUUUUUUAUACCACGCGGACUUGGAUUGCUGCAGGACGAUGGGACUUUUACUUUUCAAAGUGUUCCCUUUUGUUUUAUUAUUGUUCUCUAAAGAAAUGCAAUUUCAAACAGCUCUCCCCCCAGAGUGCUCCCCGGGGGGCCACGCCCUGCUCCGGAACCCGUACCGCAGCGUGGCUUUCCGCUCCGGGGGGCCGCAGCAGCCCCCCCUGCAGGAGCUGGUGUGCGACCACGCCCUGGAGCCCGGCUGGUACCAGCUCCUCAUCUUCGACAAGCCGGCCAGCAUGCCCACCCAGUGUGUGGAGGUGUACCACUGUGGUACCCAGGCCCCCGUGUGGCUGUCCCUGGGACCGGGCGAGGCCCUCCCGGGCCCCCUGGGGCUGGCCCAGCUGACGGCCUGCGCCACCUGGCCCCCCGGGCCCAGCGGGGGGGCCCCCGACUGCUGCCUGUACCGCCUGCCCGUCGCCGUGCGCAACUGCGGCUCGUUCUACGUCUACCUGCUGCAGCCCACUCAGGGCUGCAUGGGCUACUGCGCCCAGGAGACGGAGGCACUCUCCGCCCUGACGGCCCCGAGGCCGUGCGCUGCCGGCCAGGGGGGCCAGGAGGGAAGCUGUCCUGGGGGGGAGCUCACUGCCAGGCAACCCCCCCCGCCGCCCGGCGUGCCGGCGAUCUGGGCGGAGCUCUCCGGGAACGCCGUCUUCCUGCGCUGCAGCUUCCAGGACCGGAGCGCCAACGGCUCGGUGGGCUUCACGGUGUCCUGGCACCGGCGGUCCCCGCGGGACGGCCAGCCCCGGGAGGAGCUGAGGAUGGAGACCAGCCUGCACGCCUCCUCCUCCAUCGAGCUGGACGGCCUCAACCUCCGCCUGGGGGACACGAUCUACUGCUCCAGCUCCAGUUUCUUCCUUGAUUCCCCUGAUGUCCUGGGACCAGCAGUGGAAAGUCAGGAGUUUUUUGCAGGGAUCAGGCUGAGGCCGGCGGUGUCCAGCGUUCCAGAGGACGGGAGAGACUACGGUCUGUCUGUGGAGAGCACCGUCCCCCUGCCCUGUGCCCCCCAGCCCGGACCCUGUGGCCUGGUCCUGCAGCUCAGCGCGCAAACACAAGAGGCCAACGAGGUGUUGGGGCCCGACCUGGUGCUGUCCUCCUGUCUGGUGGAGCUGGGGGCCCAGGGGGGCCCUUGUAGGUCCGGGGUCUGCAGCCGCGCCCAGGUCACCUUCACCCCCAUCACAGACUUUGUCCGAGACGCCGGCCGCAGCACCCAGAUCUCCGUCCGGCCAAUCGACAGCAAGCACAGCUUCCUCUGGAGCGGAUACACACCCGAGCCUGUUCAGAUCACGGUGGAGGACGUGCCCUCAGCCUACUGCUACGUGGCCACCGACCCCCACGUCAUCACAUUUGAUGGCAGCCUCUACGACAACGACCAGAUCGGGACCUUCCUCCUCUACCGGAGCCUCCGGCGCCCCCUGGAGGUGCACGUGCGUCAGUGGGAGUGUGGCAGCGUGGUGCUGGCGGCGUCCUGCGUGUGCGGCGUCGUGGCGCGCGACGGCGGCGACGUCAUCGCGCUGGACAUGUGCGACGGCGAGAUGGGCGAGACCCAGCCGCGCCUGACGGUGAAGAACAGGCACCUGGGGAGGAGCGGCGUGCGCAUCACGCAGUCCUACCAGGGCCGCAAAGUCACGAUUACGUUCUCGUCGGGAGCGUUUGUGCGAGCGGACGUGUCCGACUGGGGGAUGAGUCUGACCGUGAGGGCGCCCGGUUCCGACCGGAACCACACGGCCGGACUGUGUGGUUCCUUCGACGGUCGCCCCGACAACGACCUCCACUCAGCGGGCGGAGACGUCACGCGGAACCUACACGCGUUCAUCUCUGAGUGGAGACUCCCCCCAGGCACCAGCCUGUUCGACACAGUGCCGUCCAAUCAGGACGCUCCGAAACCGACCGAGUACUGCACCUGUCAGCCAGAGCCCCGCCUCUCCCCCCCGUUCAGGACCCACUCCCGACCGACCGGCUCCUCCGAUUGCUCUCGCCACGGCAACGUGGAGCUCUCCAGUGUCAUCCCCGCGCUGGACGUCACGGCGGAGUACAUCCACUCCGUGGAGCUCCGCGUCGACGAGGAGGAGAACCGGCGAGGCACCCUGCCAGCAGGGGGUCUCCCCCCGCGGAACCGGGGGUCCGACCCCCUGGUGACCCCCCGUGACGGCGCCUCUACCCGACCCCGUUACCCAGGCAACCGGGGCCGGCGUCAGUCUCAACGGUCCCUCUCCGACCCGCCCCGCCAGGCCGACCUCGGAGGCCUCGCCUAUUUUUUCCCCGAGGACCACAAGCCGGCGCCGCCCCCGGACGCCUCCGGCCCGCCCCCGUCCCCGACCUGGCCCGCCCCCUCGGGGCUCACCCAGCGCCAGGCCCGGGCCAGCUGCCAGCGGGCGGUGGCCGGCUCCAGCCUGGCGCUGGGCUGCGGGGCCCUGCUCGGCGAGGCCUUCGUGGGCCGCGCCGUGGCCAUGUGCGUCAGCGACCUCCAGCUGAAGGACGACCCGGGGUGGCUGAACGCCACGCUGCCCCUGCUGGAGAACGAGUGCGAGCGCAGGCUGGUGGAGGAGCGGAGGAGCGAGGGGGAGCACCAGGAGGCGGUGGAGCUCCUGCGGUGCCCCGGGCGGUGCGGCGGGAACGGCCAGUGCUCCGACUGGGGCUGCCUCUGCUUCCCGGGGUUCGGCUCGUACGACUGCAGCUCUGUGUCUGACCAGAUCCCUGAGAUCGCGGAGCUGGAGGCGCAGGGUCUGUGUGACGUCCGGCGGGGGGGGUGCUCCGUGGUGCAGGUCGGCGGCGCGGGCUUCAAACGCUCCCGGCAGCUCAAGUGUGAGUUCGUCAAAGAAAAGGAGGGCGGGUGGGUGCUGGACGAACCGCGGUUUGUGCAGGCGACGUUCCUGGACGCCACCGCUCUGGAGUGCCGGCUCCCCCUGGAGGACAGCCAGGUCACUGCGGGCUCCAACCCAGAGAUGAGCCCAGACAGACCCCUGGCGCACUGGCAGGUCAAGGUGUCCAACGACGGCCACAGCUACAGCAACGCCAAGGUGCUGACGGUGUACGACGGAGGCUGUCAGCGCUGCAGCUCCACCGUCGAGGGGCGCUGUGUUCUGAAGGAGAAGACGUGCCACAUUGAGGGCCGGUGUUACGGCGAAGGAGACAUCCAUCCCAGCAGCCCCUGUCUGACGUGUCAGCCAGACUCCUCCGCACACACCUGGUCCACCGCAGGAGACAACCAGCCUCCGGUGGUCCAGCCCGUGCCCUCCGGGCUCCAGUCCUUCCAGGGGGAGCGCUUCCUGUACCAGCUCCGGGCCAGAGACCCAGAGGGCUCCUCUGUGGUCUUCACCCUGGCCUCGGGCCCAGGGGAGGCUGCCCUCUCCCCCUCCGGUCUGCUGUCCUGGGCGGCCGACCCCGGAGCGGACGCCACGGAGGGGCGGAGCUUCCGGGUGUCCGUAGUGGACGAGUGUGGCGCUGAGACCCAGGUGUCGGUCCAGGUGUUUGUGACCCCCUGCGACUGCGGGAACGGCGGCUCCUGUGUCUCCAGGAUGGAGGCCGUGGCGGGCAGCGGGGCGUACGUCUGCGUGUGUCCGGACGGCUUCGCGGGGGGGCGCUGUGAGGUCGACGUGGACGACUGUAAGCCCAACCCCUGCCGGCUGGGCCGAUGCAUCGACGGACCCAACGCCUUCUCCUGCGUCUGCCCGCCGGGGAUGACCGGCAACACCUGCAGGGAGGACGUGGACGAGUGUGUGUCCGCUCCGUGCUUCCCGGGGGCGAGCUGCCAGAACACGCCCGGGUCCUUCGGCUGCGGGGCGUGUCCUCACGGUUACCGCGGCGACGGGAGGAGCUGCGCACGUGACCCCGAGGCGGACUCGGACGGUACGGACCGGGCGAGAGCCCCCCAGGGCUGGGGCCGCACCGGGCCGCCCCCCCCAUGCCUGAGCAGGCCCUGCCACCCUGGGGUGCGGUGCUUCGAGACCGUCCACAGCGCAAACGGCUUUGCCUGCGGGCCCUGCCCCGCCGGGCUCCACGGGGACGGGUUCACCUGCAGCAGGAGCGGCUCCGCGGUGCAGGGCAGCACCGCUGGAAGAGGUCCCUCCAUCCACAGGAAGACAGCGGUCUCCCCUAGCAACCCCCACACAUCCAGGGAUGCUGUCUCCACAACCAACGGUCCUAAGAAUCAGCCCGCCGUGUGCGCGCGUCAGUGUGGAGCCAACAUGGAGUGUUCCGCCCCAAACACCUGCACCUGUAAGGAAGGAUACACCGGCUACAACUGUCGUAUCGCGGUCUGUCGUCCCGACUGUAAGAACCAGGGGAGGUGUGUGAGGCCCAACGUGUGCCUGUGUCCUGGGGGCCACAGCGGCCCCGCCUGUGAACACGCCGUCUGUGAGCCGGGCUGCCAGCACGGAGGCACCUGUCUGUCCAGGAACCGCUGCACCUGCCCGUACGGAUACCUGGGACCCCGCUGUGAAACGAUGGUGUGUAACAGGCACUGUGAAAACGGCGGCAGGUGCAUCUCUCCGGACGUCUGCCAGUGCAGAGCGGGCUGGUCCGGACCCACCUGUAACUCAGCGUCGUGUGACCCGGUGUGUCUGAACGGGGGGGCGUGCCUUAAACCCGGGGUCUGUGCCUGCCCCGGAGGGUUCUACGGGUCUCAGUGUCAGAUCGCUGUGUGCAGCCCCCCAUGUAAGAACGGAGGCCAGUGCAUGAGGAACGGCGUGUGUUCCUGUCCCGACGGCUACACCGGGAAGAGGUGUCAGAGGAGCGUGUGUGAGCCCGGGUGUAUGAACAAGGCGAAGUGUGUGGGAGCCAACACGUGUUCCUGUCCGUCGGGCUGGAGGGGCGAGCGCUGUCACAUGCCCCUGUGUCUGCAGAAGUGCAGGAACGGAGGGGAGUGUGUGGGACCCAACACCUGCCAGUGCCCCGAUGGCUGGGAGGGCCCCCAGUGUCAGACCGCCAUCUGUAAGGUGCGGUGUCUCAACGGGGGGCGCUGUGUGCUCCCGGACUUCUGCCACUGUCGGAGAGGAUACAAGGGGGUCAGCUGCGGGGUCAAGGCACCGUAUGCAUAACGCCAGCGAAUCGGCACAAGAAUGCACGAAUAAAGAGGCGCAGAAGGGAUCGUUUGGCGUGUGUGUUUGGUUUGUGAGUCUAUGUGUGCGUGUGCGUGUGCGUGUGUGGGUGUGUGUGUGUGUGCUUGCAUGUGGUUCUGCGAGCAUGUGUGACUGUGGUUGUGCCUGUAUGUGUCUGGCUGUGUGCACAGCUCAAAACAAAGGGACUUGAUGUAUUGCACUUGUCCUCUCCCCUGUUGGUCUGUUCUACCUCAUCGCCCCUGGUUACCCUUAUUUACCCUUCGAGCGUGGAAGGCGUCCCACCACAGCGGAGUGCAGAGUCAGCGGACUCACACGCGUCGUUAUCUUGAGUGUGAGAAAACAAAAUAGGGACUCGUUUUACUUGAGGAAUUGAGAGUGAUUUGUACGCUGGGUUUUUCUUCGUUUUGUGGUUCAACAUGUGUUUUCCUUGAGUUUAGCCUCAGUGAACUCUCCAUAAAUCAGUUGUCCGACGGCUGGGGCUUGAUGAGAAGCCCAGCUUGAGGUCUGCUGCCCUGCUUAACGCCGGCAGGAUGUACAUCAGCGUUUUCAGAGGGGCCUGCUCCUCUAACACAAACUGUUACCAGAGUGAACUGAGGUCCUGGACCCUUUACCAGCGUAGGACUACAGUGACCAGAGUGGUUCACUGAGGUCCUCGAGUCUUUACCAGGGUAGGACUACAGUUAUCAGAGUGGUUCUCUGAGGUACUGGAGUAUUUACCAGGGUAGGACUACAGUGACCAGAGUGGUUCACUGAGGUCCUGCAGUCUUUACCAUCGAGGACUACAGUGACCAGAGUGAACUGAGGUCCUGGAGUCUUUACCAGCGUAGGACUACAGUGACCAGUGGUUCUCUGAGGUACUGGAGUCUUUACCAGGGUAGGACUACAGUGACCAUAGUGGUUCACUGAGGUCCUGGAGUCUUUACCAGGGUAGGACUACAGUGACCAUAGUGGUUCACUGAGUUACUGGAGCCUUUACGAGGGUAGGGUUAGAGGAAACUCAAAUGAUGAUCAUGUUGUUUCGUGUGUUGAUAUGUUAAAGUACGAUAUCUAUAUUAUGUUAGAGGUUUUGCUAUGAACCAAUGAAAUGACGCAGACAUGAUGAUAAUGUCCCAUAACGAAUAAAAUAAAAUAAAAAAACGUUAUCACAAUUCUGUGUUUUCUUAAGUCCUUUAUUCA